AUGGAAAACAAUCAGACCACAGUGACAGAUUUCAUUCUGCUGGGAUUUCUGGUUAGCCCCAAGAUGCAAAUGGUUCUCUUUUGGCUCUUUCUCUUACUGUACACCCUCACGCUGGUGGGAAAUGGAGUCAUCUUGGGCCUGAUUUGUCUUGACUCCCGACUCCACACUCCCAUGUACUUCUUUCUCUCCCAACUGGCUAUUGUUGAUAUCUGUUAUGCUUCAAACACUGUCCCGCAGAUGCUGGCAAAUCUCCUGGAUCCAGCCAAAUCCAUCUCAUUUGCAGGAUGCAUGAUGCAGAAUUAUCUCUUUUUGAUGUUUGCCCACACUGAAUGUCUUCUGCUGGUAAUGAUGAGCUAUGACCGGUAUGUGGCCAUCUGCCAUCCUCUCAGAUACACUCUCAUUAUGAACUGGGGAGUGUGUAUUGCAUUGGCCAUCACAUCUUGGGGAUUUGGGUCCCUCCUGGCCUUGGUCCAUGUCAUUCUUAUGCUUAGGCUCCCUUUCUGUGGGCCUUGAGAAAUCAAUCAUUUCUUCUGUGAAUUACUAUCUGUGCUGAAACUUGCCUGUGCAGACAUAUGGAUCAACAAAUUUGUCAUCUUUGUUGUUGCUGUGUUUAUCUUAGUUGGGCCCGUCUGCUUAGUCUUAAUCUCCUACACACGUAUCCUUAGUGCUAUUCUGGGAAUCCAAUCAGGGGAAGGACGAAAGAAAGCCUUCUCCACAUGCUCCUCCCACCUCUGUGUGGUUGGACUUUUCUUUGGUAGUGCCAUCAUCACUUACAUGACCCCUAAAUCCAGGAACUCUGGGGAGCAACAGAAAAUUCUUUUUUUGUUUUAUAGUUUCUUUAAUCCUUCUCUUAAUCCUUUGAUCUAUAGCCUGAGAAAUUCAGAAGUAAAAGGUGCCCUAAGGAGAGUGUUUAGGAAGGAUAGAAUAGGCUAA